UCGCGCAGAAAGCAUAUAAGAUCUCUGGAUCAUGAAGAAGCUGCACGGGUAUCGAACUAUCUCCCAUUAACGCGUCUACCACAUCUACAGAGGUGUACUGUCCUUCACAAUGUCGGGGAAAAUGCUGCUUGUUUUCUGCGACGGGACUGGCAUGGAUGGAAACUUGAGCAAAGAUGGCGUUCUCAGAGGUUCCGCUGAUCCGCAAAAUGCCACGAAUGUCAUUCGGCUUUCGCGUGCCGUCAAGGAUGUGUCUACCGAUGGUCGUCUCCAGAUCGUCUUCUACCAGAGCGGCGUGGGCAGCGAGGCCGAUUUCGAUGGAGACCCGUUGACAGAAACGACCACAAUGCAGGCUCUGGGAACAGCUGUGGCGAGUAAGAUCCGGGAUGCAUAUGCGUUUAUUGCGCAGAACUUUGAGGAAGGCGACGAGAUAUGCAUCUUCGGGUUCUCGAGGGGUGCCUAUACCGCGAGAAAGCUGUCUGGUCUCAUUGACAAGAUCGGACUUCUCAAGCGUCAGAGUCUCGGGCAUUUCUUCGAAAUCUGGAAAGCGCUCAAUGCCGGAAAGACGCCCGUCAUACCUCCGGGAACUCGGAAGACGAAUAUCAAAUGUGUUGGCGUCUGGGACACGGUCGGUUCUGUCUACAACCAGAUUGAUGCCCUUAGCAUCAAGGAUACAGACCUCCCAGCCACCAUUGACGUUGCGCUGCAUGCCCUGUCAUUGCAGGAGAAUAGAAAGAAAUUCCUCCCCACGAAGUGGACGAUCCCGGCCCGCGGCCUUGCCCUUCGUGGGUCGAACAGUACUCAAGUCUUCAAGCAGAUAUGGUUCCCUGGAGCUCACUCUGAUGUCGGCGGAGGAUAUGAUCGGCACGAGCUUGCUGAUAUCGCCCUCUAUUGGAUGGCCGGAGAAAUCAGCUCGUUCAUAAAUCUAGACCUCGACUUCCUCCGACAGACCGCGCAGCAGAAGCCGGAGCCGUGGGGAACCUCGCAGCCGCACAACGCAUACGAAGAACUCAGUUAUGCCAUGCAGGUAAUCAUAGGGGUCGAAACUCGCCUCCAAAGUGGAGACAUCACGAGUGGAGAUGCGUUCCACCAAAGCGUGCUCUUCGCGCCGACCCAGCUCACUGAGCCGAAGCACAUGGUCACUCUGGAUAGUUUGAAAAAGGCGUUCGGUGCGGACUGGUCUCCGUCCUGCCCCGAUUUGAACGAGUUUGAGCAGCUCUGCAAGGAUAAAUGGGGAACGUUACCGCGUCUCGCCGCCGGGCCAAUCAAGUUGGAGUCGCCAUCGGACCUGUUUGGAAGCUCUACGGAAAAGUCGGUUUAGGUGCGAUUCUGCAUGUUCAAUCGUUCUCAAGGAAUGCAAGCUGGUCUCAGCCAUUGAAUGAUACAUGGAAUGUCGGAGAUCCUGGAUAAACAAAGGACGCAACGAUAUGCGGCCGAGGUUGUGUAUGAUGGAGGAAUGGAUUUUUGUCGUGAGAUUUGAUGAACAAUGAAGUGCUUGGCCUGCGUAGCCGUCAAGUUACUGAAUCAGGAUUGUGAUUGACCUCAAUGCCAAAAUGUCCAGCGUUGUUCACAGUACGCCUAGUUGCGGUCAGGAACGCCGUAAACUCAUGCUUUUCU